GUUCAGUUUACUGAAACCUGUGCGCAACUGCGGUUUCUUCUCUACGAAACCUGUAGCACAACGGAAGCGUUUCUCAACUGAACAGGACUUGUAAAUAGAUAUGACCCAAUUAAUACCGAAUAAAGAAACAAUAGACAAAAUUCGAACGAGGGCUGGGAUAGACGAGCAGAGGCUACAGGGGGCCGUGAAAACUUUGAAGGACUGGUUGAAGAAACAGCCACAUCUGCCUCACGACUAUGAUGAAGUACGGUUGGAGACACUUUUAUUAAGAUGCAAGGGACGAGUAGAGAUCUGCAAGCAGACCAUUGACAUGUAUUACACGCUUAGAUCCGCCAUACCCGAGAUUUUUUGCCACAGGGAUCCUUAUGAGCCUUGGUUUAAACAAGCUUCAAGCCUCAGGUGUUUUGUACCACUGCCCAAACUGACAGAGGAUUACGACAGAGUGUCACUGUUGGUAUACCUGGACAAAGACCCCUCCAAGUACAUCGUAUAUGACGUAUUCAAAAUGAUUUUCAUGAUUUUUGAGAUACGAAACACAGAAGACUACAAUUUAUCUGAAAUCUUCAUUGUGGAUUUGGAAAACAUCACAAUGGGACACGUAGUUAAAUACACUUUACCCGCUGUCAAGAAACUUCAAAUUAGCGCCUUGAAAGGUUUCAAGGGACGGGUCAAAGGAAUUCACUUCAUCAACGCUCCUCCUUUCGUGGAUUCGGCAGUGACUGUAAUUAAGAACACCCUGAAACCCAAAUUCGUUGCCAGAAUACACGUGCAUAGGAAAGGCUGCAACUCUCUCCUGAAACAUGUCUCGCCCAGAAUACUGCCCACGGAGUACGGGGGAGAUGCUGGACCUUUACAUGACCACUGGAAUAUGUGGAAGGAAAAACUUGAAAGCUACAGAAGUUGGUUUCUGGAACAGGAGGAUGUCAAAGUGGAUGAAAUGAAACGCCCAGGGAAGUCCUUCAAUUCUAGCGAUCUCUUUGGGUUUGAAGGUUCUUUCAGACAGCUUGACUUCGACUCGAACAUCGCUAGGUUAGCUCAGCACCUCCUCAAGGACCUCCACGUGUUAGCUUCAGUACCAACACAUGACUCGAACAGUUCCGCACAGACAGGCAGAGAGUGCUGCCGAGUGACGUGUAUGAACAGCUCUAACGUGUCUAAGGUAAGCUGCAUUUACUGGAAAAUUUUUAUAAACGGAGGUCCGUUCACAAUGGUGCUGCAAGGUCUUCCACCGGAGAUGGUCGAUAUUAUAUACGAGGAACUCGGACUGAACGAACAGGAUGUUGAGGAUUAUGUUAAGAUGCUCAAAGAAUGGCUUCACAAGCAGCCUCAUCUUCCGCAUAUUAAUGAUGAUCUCCGGCUGGAACGCGUCGUCCUGCAGUGUAAAGGCAGAAUGGAAAUCGCAAAAUCUGUGAUAGACAUGUAUUUUACUUUGAGAGGAAAGAUUCCAGAAGUUCUGAGCAACAGAGAUCCUUUUGCUCCGUGGUUUAAGGAUCUGACUGACCGCAUAUUGGUGGUUCCGUUACCAAAUUUGACCAACGAUUUCUGCAGAGUUACCAUAAUUGCAGCCAUAAACCCACCUCCCGACAUCAGAAAGUUUGAUCCUGUGGAUAUCAUGAAACUGGCCUUUAUGGUCCAAGAUAUACGGUUGGCAGAAGACAUAAUGUUGGCAGAUAUAAUAAUAUGUGACGUUCAGAAGGGAACCCCUGCUCAUGCUGCCAAAUUUACACUUCCCUUCUUCAAGAAGCUUGCGUUAUGUGCUUUGAGAGGUUACAAAGCGAGAGUAAAAACAGUUCACGUACUGAAUGCCACUCAAUUGAUGGAUGCAGUUUUUAGAUUGGGAAAGGCAGUGGUCAAACAGAAACACAGGGAUAGGCUUAUUGUUCAUCGCGAUGGAUAUUUGAAAGGAUACGACUCUCUGCAUGAAUAUAUCCCUCCGAAAAUUCUACCUAGAGAGUACGGAGGUGAAGCGGGUUCAAUCCUCGACAUGUGGGCUCAGUGGAAAGAGAAGAUCUACAGCUACCGAGAAUGGUUCCUGAAGGAGGGGGCCCUGACGUCGGAUGAGUCGAAGAGACCAGAGAAAGCCAUCGACACCGGAGAGCUCUUUGGUUUCGAAGGAUCCUUCAGACAACUCAACGUAGACUAUUAUCAGCAUUGUCAGAUUAGUUUUCAAACCAAAGCUGUUCAAAAAGGAGUACUAACAGCGCUAGAACAAAAACUAGCAACAGUAUCAGAAGCGCUAGCACUAGGACUGGAACAAGAACUAGCAGCAGUAUCAGUAGCACUAACACUAGAACCAAAACUAGCAGCGGUAUCAGUAGCACCAACACUAGAACAGAAACCAGCAACAGUAUCAGAAGCACUAGCACUAAAAUUGGAACAAGAACUAGCAACGGUAUCAGAAGCGCUAGCACUAGGACUGGAACGAGAACUAGCAGCAGUAUCAGUAGCACUAACACUAGAACCAAAACUAGCAGCGGUAUCAGUAGCACCAACACUAGAACAGAAACCAGCAACAGUAUCAGAAGCACUAGCACUAAAAUUGGAACAAGAACUAGCAACAGUAUCAGAAGCGCUAGCACUAGGACUGGAACGAGAACUAGCAGCAGUAUCAGUAGCACUAACACUAGAACCAAAACUAGCAGCGGUAUCAGUAGCACCAACACUAGAACAGAAACCAGCAACAGUAUCAGAAGCACUAGCACUAAAAUUGGAACAAGAACUAGCAACGGUAUCAGAAGCGCUAGCAUCAGGACUGGAACAAGAAGUAACAGCUGUACCAGUGGCACUAACACUAGAACGAGAACUAGCAGCGGUAAAAGUAGCACUAGCACAAGAAUUAGCAGCAUUAUCGGUAGAGUUAGCACUACAACUAAAAGAAGAACUAGCAGCAGUAUCAAUGGCACUAGCACCAGAACUAGUGGCAUCAGCUUCAGUAGCAUUAGCAUUUGGAAUAGCAGCAGCAGCACCGAAAAGUGAAUAUACAGUCAGGAAUACUGUAGAUGUGAAACAUAAAUCACGAAACAGAAUAUGCCUGGCUGGCGAUGCGUCAGCAGAACACGUGAUUGUCGACCAGUGCUGCUUCAUGCGGGCCAGAGAAUUUGCUUUCUUAAGGACUUACAUAUCAUUACAAUCCUCCAAAUAUGAUUACUCCUUCCGUUCUUCCGCCCCUUCCAUUAUAGAGCCACUUAUGGAGGAAAUGAAAUCUUAUAAGAAAAAGAUUCAUCUUCCACCAGCCAGUCUUUCGGUAACAAGGCGAUUCUUAUAUCGUGGAAAAAAGUCUGUCGUUAGAAGUGCGAAGAAUUUUCUGAUAUUCGGAGUAUGUAGAGAACUAGAUUUUCCGUAUACCAUGGAAACAGUAAGUAACGCAAUAAUUGAUGGUGUCCGUGCAAAAGCUGGUUUGGAUGAGAAGAAGAUCAGGAGAGCAGUGGAUGCAAUCAAAGAUUGGUUGCAGCAACAGCCCCACUUACCACAUCAAUAUGAUGAAAGACAACUGGAGCGAUUAUUUUUACGGUGUAAGAAGAGCGUUGAGCGAGCGAAAGACGUUCUGGAAAUGUACUACACACUCAGGACGGCACUGCCGGAGAUAUUCAGCAACAGAGACCCGACUCAGGAAUGGUUCAGAAAAAUAACGAGUGUCAGGAUCUUCUUACCACUGCCCCAGCUGACUGAAGAAUUCGACCGUGUCACAAUAUCUGCCAUACUGGAUCCUGACCCAGACAAAUACUCGGUUAUCGACGCCGUCAGGCUCCUGUUCAUGAGUUUCGACUUAAUGAUGAGGGAUGACUACUACAUGGCUGACAUCUUCAUCUUCGAUGUGAACAAUUUCACACUAGGGCAUGCUGCAAAGUACACAAUUCCCAUUUGGAAGAAGAUCGAAGUCUGUGGCCUUAGAGGAUUCAAUUCACGAGUCAAAGCGAUCCAUAUCAUAAAUGCGGGAGCUUAUUUAGACGCAACAAUAAAUAUGGUGAAAUCAUUGUUGAAACCGAAAAUGGCGGCCAGGAUUCACAUACACAGGAAAGGAUCCGAGUCACUGCAUCAACAUGUUACCACAAAAAUCCUACCCCUGGAAUAUGGAGGUGAGGCGGGCCAGAUGUCUGAUCUGUGGGCCCUUUGGGUGAAAAGAUUGGAAUCCAAUCGAGACUGGUUUCUACAACAAGAGAAUCUAAAGUCCGACGAGUCGAAACGUCCAGGGAAAAGCAUUGACACUGGCGAGUUGUUUGGCUUCCAAGGAUCCUUCAGGAGACUGUCCUUAGACUAAGAAAGGAAACCCGUCCAGUGAUACCAGUCAGUACAAUAAAAAUGUUGAAUUUGAGGUUCUCACAGCGGUUCUAUCUUCUGGGAUAUAACACUGUGUAGUGUGUUUAGAAACAAUAGACGUUUCGGAGGAAUAUAAUGACUCCAUCUUCAGGGUAAAAAGUAAGCCAUCAAGGAAACAACAUGAAGUACAUAGUAAGCAGAGCUCUGCUACCUUGGCUUACUCUUCCUUCCUGAAGAGGCAGUAGAUGUUUUCCCCGGGCUGUACAGCAUUAUAGAGAAUUCUGCGGUACCGUAACAGUUCAGCUAUCUUCACCUCGAAGAUUAGUCUUUCCUCGGGCGUUGCGCUAUGUUCUCUGUGUUUCCUUCCGUCGCUGCCAGGUUCAAGAAACGAUCAUGGCCUACUUGAGGUAUUAUGCCGGUAUUUUCUUCGGGAUACUAUGAAAAGCCAUGAGAAAUCUGAUUCACAGUACCCUGUAUUUCGACCAAGAUUCAAACACAACACCUCCAGAAUAAAACGCUAAAGCGUUACCUCUACACCAACCAUCUCAUAUUCUGUGUAAAUAUUUACCAGUAUUUCAGAGGAACCUCCUGCCUCCAUCUUCAGGGUAGAAGAAUUGUGACCUGAAGAUGGAUGCAGAAGGUCCGUCGAAAGUGUUAGUAGCUACCUACCACUCUGCACAGCGUCAAAUCAUAGAAUACAAUGAUCUUCAGGUAUGUGCUCACCAUUAUGAGAACCCAAAACUUCAAUGAGAAAUUUCAAUUGUGAUGCACUUCAUUGGACAAAAAUAAAAAGUGAAAAUGUGA